AUGUGCUCGUGCAGAUUACCUCCGGGGAACUACUUUUACCUGGCUGACGACGCAAGGCUUAUCUGCACGAUGGACUAUCAGCGUAUGCUGGUAAAUGAAAUGAAUUCCGAGAGUGAAUCAGACGAAUCGGGAUCAGACGACAUGGACCAACGCAUGCGCAUAACGGACAUUCAAUUGCGCCUGCUCCUGGAUGUGUAUGCUAAAAAUAAACGCCCGACAAAGGACACGAGACGAACACUCGGCGAAUCAACUGGUUUAAAAUCAAGAACAAUUCAAAUAUGGUUCCAGAAUAAAAGAUCCAAAGACAAAGCAACUCAGAGAAAACACAUUCAAAGAAAUUCUGGGUCAAAAGACAGCCAGUUUCAUUCAAUGGAUAGUUCUAGCCAAAACGGUCUAGACGAUAACAACAUCCGGUUUUCUGAUAACGUCUGCACAUACCCAAGCCAAGAAAACCCAUCUUUCUCCAGUCAAAAUGGCGGCAGUAAUUCCACACAGUCCAUGGACGACAAUCGUUCUACUGCAAACUUUGAACCGUAUCAGUUGUUCUGUCCCCUUGAUUAUUUGCUGCCAAACGAAAUGCCCCCAAAUGUUGACUUGUCGUCUGCUGACUUAUGCAAUGGUGAGGUCAUUUCAGAACCUAUGAUGUUCACAUGUGCUGAAUGUGGGAAACAUUACUGUCCGUUUCGUUUCGCCAGCAUCCCAAGACCCAUCUUACAGCAGAGAAUCAUAUACACCGGUUCAAGUACCCAGUGA